UUGUAUAGAUAUAGUAACAAAAAAUAUAACCCGUGUUUUCUUUCUAUAUUAAAUGCCAAACCCUCAUAUAAAAACUAAUAGAGCUUUCGUAGUUCUUUCAGUCUAUUGGUUCAUUUUUGAAAAAAAACAAAAUAGAACCAAACCCUAUAUAUAUUUCUCUCUGAAAUAUUAAACUUUCCAAAGUUUAAGUCAUGGAGAAUAUAGAGUUACCACAACUAAGCCAAAACAUAUUUGCCCAAAGGAAAAAAAUUUGGUCAAUUCUGGCUAGCUUAAUGUUUCUUUAUGGCAUAUAUGAGAAAUUCGUCCCACAUCAUUUUCAUAAACAUGUUAGAAAAUACAUUCAAAAAUUCGUAGGCUUUAUGUCCCCUUACAUGCAUAUAACCUUCCCUGAGUUUAUAUCAGGACAGUGCCUCAAACGCAGCGACGCUUACUCAUGCAUCCGAACAUAUCUCAGUGCAAGUUCAUUGGAAAAUGCCAAAAGGUUUAAAGCUGAAGUUGUUGCAAAUAGCCAAACUCCACUUGUCCUUACAAUGGAGGACGCUGAAGAGAUUGAAGAUAAAUUCCAAGGGGUAAAAGUUUGGUGGUUUUCUCAUAACAACUCUAAAAAUGAUUCAGAUGCUAAACUAUAUUUAACACUAACUUUCCAUAAAAAUUACCGUGAACUCAUCACUACCUCUUACAUCAAACAUGUGUUGGAAGAAGGAAAAGCUCUUAAAUUGAAGAACAGGAAGCUUAAGCUUUACACAAACAAUCCUAGCAAUGAUUGGUGGAGACCAAGCAGCAGAAAGUGGAGCCAAACAACUUUUGAACACCCUGCAACAUUUGAAACACUUGCUAUGGAUCAAGAGAAGAAAGAAGAGAUUAUAGAUGAUCUUAUUAAGUUCAAAUCAGGAAAAGAUUACUAUGCUAAAGUUGGAAAGGCUUGGAAACGUGGUUAUCUACUUUACGGACCGCCCGGAACUGGAAAAUCUACUAUGAUAUCUGCUAUUGCUAAUUUUAUGAACUAUGAUGUUUAUGAUCUUGAGCUAACAACUAUCAAGGAUAACAAUGAGUUGAAAAGACUUUUGAUUGCGACCUCGAGCCAAUCCAUUAUUGUAAUUGAGGACAUUGAUUGUUCUAUUGAUCUCACUGGCAAAAGGACAAAAGAUGAGAAGAAAGACAAAGAUGGUAAUGGUAAAGAAAGUAAUGUAACUCUUUCUGGUUUGUUGAAUUUUAUUGAUGGAAUUUGGUCUGCAUGUGGAAGUGAGAGGAUCAUAAUUUUCACAACAAAUUUUGUGGACAAACUUGAUCCUGCUCUUAUUAGGAGGGGAAGGAUGGAUAAGCAUAUUGAAAUGUCUUAUUGUAGCUAUCAAGCUUUCAAGGUUCUUGCAAAGAACUAUUGGGAUAAUGAUUCUGAUCAUGUUUUGUUUCCAAUUAUUGAAAAAUUAUUGGGAGAGGUCAAUAUGUCUCCUGCUGAUGUUGCUGAGAAUUUGAUGCCAAAGUCAAUUUCUGAUCAUUUUGGGACUCGCUUGAAGAAUCUAAUUAAAUCUCUUGAGAGAGCAAAGAAAAAAACAGAAAAGAGAGAUAAGGAAGCUGAGAUGGAACAAUGCCUCGAGGGUAAGAAGAAUAUGUGAAAUCUAAUGAAAAAAUAUGGGUGGAAGUCAAGGAGAAUGGCCUCAUCCAUUAAUUUAGAUUAGUAAUAUAAUAUUAUUUUAAUGUUUUGAAACUUCUUAAUAACAAUAGUUUAUUUUUAUUAUUAUUCAUAUAUAUGUACUUUUUUCUAACUGGUUUUGAAUGGAAGAUUAAUGGGCUAUGCUUAGAUUUUGUGCAGGAUGAGAGAAUUUAGUUUUAAAAGUUUAUAAGUUCUAGUAUAUUAUACUAUAAUUAAUAUUUGUCAUACUAAUUUUCAUAAAGUUAUGAUUGAUUUACAUUUGACAUGAAAAUUAAAUACAUAGAUUGUUAUAAGAAUAAGAUAAGUGUAAGACAAUAUCAUCAUUGUCAUAAUUAUCAUUAACAUUAAAUCAUGGAAUCAUCAAUUUAGAUGGCAUGAAUGAUUUAAGAGAAUUUUAAAACAAUAUUUCAUCAUCAGUCACAGAAAUCAUCAACAUUUAAAGAAAAACAGAAUCAUCAAUAUAACUUACAUUGUACACAUGGCAAAUUGUUUAAAUAUAGAAUCAUUUUUUAACAGCAAAAUAGAACAACAACCCAACCCUAUAUUCUCUAAGAAAUUGAACAUUUCAAAGUAAGGAAUGAAGAAAACAAGGUCACCACUAGUCUCAAAGAUACUAGCCCAAAAUUUUUUGUAUGGCAUGUUUGAGAAAUUUUUCCCAUUUCAGCUUCAUAGGUUUGUUCAAAAAUACGCUCUAAAAAUCAGAGUUCAUUUACCCUUACGUUCAUAUAACUUUAAAAUCUACCAUGAUAUCCGCUAUUGUUAAUUUCAUGAACUAUGAUAUUUAUGAUCUUGAGUUACAACUAUCAAGGAUAAUAACCGAGUUGAAAAGACUUUUGAUUGAGACAUCAAGCAAAUCAAUUAUAGUGAUUGAGGACAUUGAUUGUUCUAUUGAUCUUACUGAAAAAUGGAAGAAGAAAAGACAUGUUUACGACUCUAAAUGAUAAGAAGCAAAAGAUGGUAACUAUUUCUGGUUUGUUGAGUUUUAUUAAUGGGAUUUGGUAAGCAUGUGGAGGCAAGAGAAUCAUAAUUUUCACAACCAAUUUUGUGGACAAACUUGAUCUUGCUCUUAUUAGGAAGGGGAGGAUGGAUAAGCAUAUAGAAAUGUCCUAUUGUAGAUAUCAUGCUUUCAAGGUGCUUGCAAAAAACUAUGUGGAUAUUGAUUCUAAUGAUGAUUUAUUUCCAAUUAUUGAAAAGUUGUCUCGGGAGAGGUUAAUAUGACACCUUCUGAUGUUGCUGAGUCUCUGAUGCCAAAGUCCAACACAGAAGAUUUUGAGACUUGCUUGAAGAAUCUAAUUCAAUCUCUUGAGAGUGUAAAGAAAAAGGAAGAGGAGGAGGCAAAGAAAAAGGAAGUUCAGCUGAAGGCAGUGAAGGCUAAUGAAAAUCUGCAGAAGAAGUGAAGGACAAUGGUGCCAUCUAUCAGUUUGGAUAUGGUUAAUUUCGGAACUAUAUGUAACACUUUAGAGUAUUUUUUUUUAAUAAAAUAAACUUUUUGUAUAAUGCUAUUCCUAAGUUGCUUUCUCACUACUAGAAAGAAAUCUGUUUUAUCGAAUUGGUGUUAACCGAGUUGUAAACAACUCAAGUUUUUCAAACAAAUUGGUGUUCCUAAGUAUAUUUUUUAUAACUAUGCUACAGGUAUGAAGUAUCCACCACUGGUUUAGCAGUGUCUAUCUCUAUCGGGAAAUAUGUUAAGCACAGUAGUAUUGUCAAAGCUGGAAGUUUGCAAAAUAAGAGUACGAGUGUCAAUGAACAAUCAUAAGACAAAAGCCCUAGCAAGAGGACGGAAGAAAGGCGGAACCAAAAGGAGAUAAGGCUUCUCAAAACAAUUAGGAAGGAUCAAAAUAAAGUUCAAUGGAUUGAAUAAGGUAAAUAAAGUGUUAAUGACAGACAAAAAUCAUUUGCUUAAGGUCUAAUGUCAUAUCAUAAUGUGAAGUGACAACUAGUCCAAAAGAGAAAUCCAUUUGUAUACCGCCAUUGGAAUUGAAAUUCCUAUGACAAAGGAUUUUUAGCCUUGGGCGUGCCGAACUCACUUAUCAGUCCUUGCAGUUCAAACAAGUUUUGGUCAAGUUGAUUGCCAAACUCAUUCACAAUCUA